AUGUCUGGAGUUUGGGUAUUCAAUAAAAACGGAGUGAUGCAGUUGGUCAAAAACCCGUCCGAUUUUCACUGCGAUAACGGAAGGCGCUCCGCCGCCAGCUGUAAAAAGAAGGCGUUGGUGUACUUGCCAAAUGGGCAGGUGGUGUCUUCGUACACUUGCCUCGAGCAAAUACUGAGAGGUUUGGGUUGGGAGAGGUAUUAUGGCGGUGACAAUGAUCUCUUCCAAUUCCACAAACACUCUUCAAUUGACCUAAUUUCUCUGCCCAAAGACUAUGCCAAAUUCAACUCCGUUUACAUGUACGACAUCGUUGUCAAGAACCCAAACGUCUUCCAUGUCCGCUCCAUAUGAAAUAUCAGUUGUCGUCUGAAGUCUUUGCUUCAUUUCCGUUUCGCUUUUG